AUGUGGGAUCUGGCCCAGCAAUACCCAGACUCGACCCCAGGGCCUUCGCCUGUGCAUGAGACCAGGGCCAGAGAAAGACGCUCGUCCCUGGUCGACCAUCGGCCUCUGAAAAGAGCCAGCAGCAUCUCGUUCCGCGUCCACACCCCGUCCGACUACUCCAGCGGCGCCAGCAUGACUUCCUGCACCUCCACCACCUCUCUGAGUUCUCUGGGCUCGCUCUCUUCGUCGGCACGACAGCUGAUCAUGUCGCGCAAGACCAGCCCGCGACACCCCACCAGACUCAAGACCAGGUUCUUCUCUCCAUUCCACAGCACUAAUACCAGUCCAGUUUCGCCCCGGUUGCUGGAGACCGUGGAAAAACUCUCGAUAGACAACGACGCGCAUCCGAUCUUCGAAAUCCCGGAGAUUGUCAGCCUAAUUCUGCACUACGUUGGCCACGACGAUAAGGAAAGAGUCCCGACCGAGCACGCCCCGGUCCGGAAACCGCCCAUGUCGCUGAACCACGCCAGACUCAUCCACGGCGACCACGGCGAGAAAGUCUGGCAACGAACCCUUUCCUCGUCCAGCACGGCCCCGCCAACGGGCAAUCUGCACAACUGUCUGCUGGUCAACAAGCUCUGGCACUCGCUGACCCUCGAAGUCCUGCAGGAGAACCUGUAUUUCGACGCGGACCACAAACUAAUGAACUACUCUCCGCCGCGCACCGCCGCCCCCAAAUCAUUCGUUUUGCACAAACUCAAGUCCACACAGCAACACCAUCUGGCCGGCCUGCACAUCAACCCCGUCAACCUCGAGUGGCUCGAGUUCUACAUCUGCCCCCGACUGCUUCCGUCGCUACACCUCUACACCGCGAAGCUGAAAAAGCUGGUGCUCCCGGGCUCCAAAGCAGUCGACGACGUUUAUCUGCAACAGAUCGCGCCGCUGAUGCCGAACCUGGUCCAUCUGGACCUGCGGGCGUGCGAGCACAUCACGGACGCCGGGCUGUACGCAAUUGGAACACACUGCCCGAACUUGGAGACGCUCAACUGCGGCCGGCACACCAAGGGCAGUCUCGUGACCGACGCGUCGAUCUCGCACAUUGUCGCCAACUGCAAUCUGAAAACGCUCGGCGUGGCCGGCUGCGGCGUCUCGGACGCGGUCCUGUGGUCUCUGGCGUACCAGAAAGGCCACCAGCUCGAAAGACUCAGUCUGAACAGCUGCUGGCGACUCACCGACGCAGGCAUAUCUAGCGUUUUAAUGAUGGACCGAUUUCCACGACUCGCAGUGCUGGAAAUCCGUAGACUCACGGGACUGCAGCAGCUGCGGCCGAUCGUCGAGUUCAAGAAGCGCCAGCUGCGGCGCAAGAUCGCGGUUCUGGUGGAGGCGUGCGAGGACCUGGAAGCAAGACUGCGCGCCGAGGAGCGCAGCCUGGACCUGGAAAUCAGCACGCGCAUCUUUGAGGACAUCAGCGAGUGGCUGAACGGCGACGAUUUGCAGGAUCAAAUCGAAGAGCGCAACUUGCAACGGUUUGUGCAGCGCCGCAGCGUGCUGGUGUGA